UUAUUUAGUUAGCAGUAUAUCAAGCUUUAACAAUGAAAGUAGUUAUCUUCCUCGUCGCCUUCGUCGUAAUAGUCGCCGUUACAACGGCCGCUCCCGCCGAGGAACCCAUUCCAAUACUAAAGCAGGACGCAGAAGUGAACUUUGACGGCAGCUACCACUCCUCGUACGAAACCGGCAACGGUAUCGUCGUCAACGAGGAAGGAGUCCUUAAGAACCCAGGCGUGGAGAACCUGGAGGCUGAGGAAGUCCACGGUUCAUUCUCGUACACCUCCCCAGAGGGACAACACAUCUAUCUCACCUACCUGGCGAAUGAGAACGGGUUCCAACCGUCGGGUGAUCACCUCCCGGUAGCGCCUCUGUAGGAAGGAAGUACAACUUGCCUAAAAUACUGCCGAUUUUCGAUGUGAAAUGUACAAAUGGUCAAAUAAAUAAAAUUUUACACAAAAUCUUUGAAAAAUGA